CCGCGUCGCGCCAGCGCCCAGCGAGCCGGAGCCUUGCGCAAGUGCUGGGGGACUGCCUCUGAGCUCUCUGGAUCAUCAGAAAUACAUUUUCGGGAAAUGGCCUCCAAAUCUUGGCUGAAUAUUUUAACCUUCCUUUGUGGAUCAGCAGUCGGAUUCGUUUUAUGCUCUCAGCUACUUAGUAUUUUGUUGGAAGAACAGAAGGACAUCCAGCCUAGUAUUCUUCAUAAUGAUCCUCACGCUAGGCAUUCAGAUGACAGUGAACAGAAUCAUCUAGAAGGACAGAUGAACUUCGAUGCAGAUGCCAGCCAACAUAAAGAUGAGAACACUGACAUCGCUGAAAAGCUCUAUCAGAAGGUUAAAAUUCUUUGCUGGGUAAUGACAGGGCCUCAAAAUCUAGAGAAAAAGGCUAAACAUGUCAAAGCUACAUGGGCCCAGCGUUGCAAUAAAGUAUUAUUUAUGAGUUCAGAAGAAAACAAGGACUUCCCUGCUGUGGGAUUAAAAACCAGAGAAGGCAGAGACCAACUGUACUGGAAAAUGAUUAAAGCCUUUCAGUAUGUUCAUGAUCAUUAUUUAGACGAUGCUGAUUGGUUUAUGAAAGCAGAUGAUGAUACUUAUGUUAUACUGGAUAACUUGAGAUGGCUUCUCUCAAAAUACAACCCUGAAGAACCCAUUUACUUUGGGAGAAGAUUUAAGCCCUAUGUAAAGCAGGGCUACAUGAGUGGAGGAGCAGGAUAUGUACUGAGCAAAGAAGCUUUGAAGAGAUUUGUUGAGGCAUUUAAAACAGACAAAUGUACGCACAGUUCCUCCAUCGAAGAUUUAGCACUGGGGAGAUGCAUGGAAAUUAUAAAUGUAGAAGCAGGAGAUUCCAGAGAUACCACUGGAAAAGAAACUUUUCAUCCUUUUGUACCAGAACACCACUUAAUCAAGGGUUAUCUGCCAAGAACCUUUUGGUACUGGAAUUAUAACUAUUAUCCUCCUGUAGAGGGUCCUGGUUGCUGUUCUGAUCUUGCAGUUUCUUUUCACUAUGGUGAUCCUACAACUAUGUAUGAGUUAGAAUACCUCAUUUAUCAUCUUCGUCCGUAUGGUUAUUUAUACAGAUAUCAACCUGCCUUACCUGAGAAGAUGCUAAAGGAAGUAAGUCAGAUAUACAAAAAUGAAGAUAAAAAAGUAAAUCAGGAGCCCUUGAAAGAAAAACAUAAAUGAACAGAGGUAAAAUAUCUAGCAUUGCACUGAAGAAGAACUUCUCCAUUUCUGAUAUAGAACACUGGAAUCCCAGUGAGGAAUUCUUUCCAAGUGAACAUUCCAUAUUAGAAACCUUUCGUAUGAAUAAACUGAAGCUUUAAGUGCGCUGUGAAGUCUGUUAAAAUGUGUUUUGAUACAGUAAUAUAUAUAUGUAUAAGAAAAACUUGUGUUUUUAAAAUGGUGGCCAGGCAGAGGGACUAGAAAAGAGAUUCGUUGCCUAUUCCUGACCACAUGUAUUAUUUUCACUGGGAAAGUAAAAGUUAAACUUGCUAAAACUACACUGCACCAUGUUAGUAACUCACACACGAUGCUAAACAGAUCUGCCUUAAAGAAAAUUUAGAAGGAAAUAUUGUUGCUCAGUGUUGUCUGUAGACUCAGAACAUGAGUUUAUAUUUGCAGUAUGAUGUAAAUGAACCAACCACCCCCUGACACACACACGAACAGUUUUUGUCUAAUGAAAAUUUGCUGUGACUAUUUAUAAUUGGUAGUAUUUCUUCCAGAAGAAGGUAGAAUAAGAAUGGCACUUAUCCUUAAGUGCAUUAAUAAAACCACAUUUUGAAAUUAAAAAAAAAAAUUGGUAAAAUUACACGUUAUAAACAAAACAAUUAUAUUUUCUCUAUCUGACUCCUCCAGAAAUUUGAAACUCUUAGGUUUCCAGUAAGUUUAUCAAAUGAGCUAAGAAGGUUAUCUCACUAACAGGUACAAAAAUCUCAAGGAAUUUUUGAGACCUUAAAAAGAAAAGAGUUCACCUAGAUUUGUUAGGCAAAAUCUGUGAUAAGCCUUUGGUGUGAGUUUCCCAGCCCUGUUUUAUAUUAAAAGUUCAGUCUGAGAUCCAAUAAGUGUUUCAGCAAAAUAAAAAGUCUAUGAUCAAUUAUGGUUAUAUAAAUCAUCAGACCAAAAUUAGUGAAAACAGACCUAUUUUGCAAGCAAACUAGGCUUAAUUUGGUUGUACUUGAUAAAAAUGAGGGUAACUUUAGGGAGAAAAAGAUAUUUAAAAAAAAUAUUAAAUCCCAGUUUGUUAAUGGAGGUCUGCAUGUAGUAAGACUCAUUUCUCAGAUAGUUCUUUGCUGUUAUGUGAUAUUAAUGUGAAAGUUUGUUUCUGAAGCUUAUCUCAGUAAUCUGUCUUUGGAUGAAGAUCAGAUGCCUCAUGACCUGCAGCCAGGACUGGAAAAAGACAUAAUUUAAGAGACUGUCUCCAACCUGGAUGGAAGGACUUUUUAUCAGGCCCCUACACUGGAUUGGUCUAUAGAGAAGACAGCUGACCUGAUCUCACCUUAAAAUGAUGCUCAAACAGGAGAAACUACACUACACCAGGAUGAGAAGACAGCAACAUCAGAGGUAGACAGCUUGCCCAAGAUGCUGGAUCUGCUUCGUAUGAUCAUUUAUAAUGUUUUCUUGACUUCUUAGACCUUUGCAUAUAAAUCAAAUGCUUUUCUAUCAUAGGCCUAAUUCUAUGCCAGUUUUAGAAAUCAAUCCAAUUGUUGGGUUUGUGGCCAAUUACCUGUAUCUAGUUCUGGGUUACCUUGGUAAAUUUCUCCACUACAAGACUCUAACUGGUUGGCCCUGAGGAAAUUUACUUUAAAAAAAAAUUAUAGUCAUAUUCAGGUCACUGUGAUACUACCAGACGAGAUCCCCUCACUGGGCCAAUUAAUAAUGCCUACUCUGACUCUGGCCAUAAAUUUGAGCCUUUUUCUAUUCCUCAAGCUCAAUCAGAGCAACAAAAAAGUUUCAACAAAGGAAAAAGAAAUCUCCCACAAUUAUAAGAUAGAUUUAUAUAGAUAACACCAGGCUAUGGUAAUUUAGGUUUAAAGUCUCCUCUAUGUUGAAAACAAUUAUAUCAUGCUAAGGAUAAUCAGUCUAGUAACACUAGAAAACUGGGCUAUGUGCCUUAUAGAUGGUGGUGCCAAUGUAUAAUUUCCCUGAAAGAUAAAGAUUUGUACAGAGUAGACUAAGUCAGACGACCUGGGAUAUACUGAGCUACAUCUAAUGGAAGCUCUUAAGUCUUACUUGUGACUUUACUAAUACUGCUGGCUAUGUUCUUUGUAUUUCACCUGUUUUACAAAAUUGCUAUUUCUUACAGUGCCAAAUGUGUGACUGAGGCCUGAUAAAAUAAUAUAUAGUUCCCUAUGAGAUCGAUGAUGAUGGCAGUGUAACUCUAGAUAUGAGAAAAAGCAACAAGAGGGAAUGUUUUCCUGGACCAAGAGGCUAGUAAGACAGGUGGUCCAGAGAAUUUUGGAUACUGUUUUAUGGCCUAGUCCAGUAACAGCACAUUGAGUGACCUGUCAACAAAAUCUUUGCCAAACCUGAGAAUGGACAUUCUCAGCACUGUGGGAUAAAAUGGUCAUGAAAUGCCCCCCCUCAAAAUCAUGGUCAAGUUUAUGAGCAAAAAGGGGCUCUGCCAACUGAAGAUUGACACUUGCCAUCUACAUCUACAGAGAUUAUAUCAUGGCCACUGCAACUGCUGACUUUCAACGGCCCUGAAAGGAGUUCAGGGUGAAGAUCAGGAAUGAGGCCCUCCGUGCUCUGGGAAAAACUGGCAGAACAGGCCUUCAGAUAGUUAGAUCUUUUCAGGAGAUUUUAUGAGUCCCAAUUCUUGCAUCUUCUCAUACCUAGAGAAACACUGACAUCAUUAAUGGUGCCAUCUGCUUUGGCUAUUAAGGAAAAAUUUUAUAAUUAAAAGUCAAAAUAGAGUACUCAGCUAUGGUUCAGACAUCCUGAGAAAUAACCAGGUGUUACUAUCUGUGUAAUUUCAGAUUAGACAUUGUAUUGCUAAACACUUGAGUUUUCUGAGUCGUGUCAGGCUUAGAUGCCACCAUUCUCAAAACAAUGUCUGCUGGAAGCUAGUAACUUCUACCUUACUUUUUAUAAAACUAGGCAACUGGCCACCUGGCUACAAGUCUCCCUGAAAUGCCAGGUCCAGACUGGGUUUCAGGCCUAUUCUUCUAAAAGAAAGAGAUUUAUUUUUGUCUAUUAAAACUCCAGUUAUCCCUCCUCUAGCUACUACUAAUUGGGUAUGUUACAACAAAAUGGCAGACCAAGGGAUUGAGAUUUUAAUCAUACAAGGCUCAAAUCUAGGACUUGGAACUCAGGAAUACUUCCAAUUCAGUGUCUCUUCCCCAGGCUGAGGCAGUCCUAUGCCCCAUUUUGAGAAGAGAUUAUCACAGUCAUAGUUGCCCUGUUCCCUAAAUUAAAACUGAGCAGGACUCUGUGGGGUGGCAACUCUGGAGUACAGACCUGCUGUACUGUAAAAUAUAGGCUUUAUUCAGCCUCCUUGACCUUCCCUGAGUUCCAAAGGGUAGAUUCAAACAAUUGCUAAUCAGGGAAGAGAAAAAAUACAGAGACGGAGGGAAAACAAUCAAAUGGUGGUACAGCCUUGAGACGGUCCUGGUUCUUACUCAAAGAAAUAUGCAUAACAAUGUCUUUUGAGUUCUUCUACAGAACUGGGGCCCCCACCCAGGUGAAAGGUGGUAACUUCAGACUAAACACAAGAUUCCUAGAACACAGCUCUGUUGCUUGACCACCAGCCAAUCACCCCAAAUGUUGCCUCCUGUUUCUGGGGACCAGUGAUGACCAUCCUGUUAGGUCUCCUGUUUGGCCCCUGUCUAUUUUAUCUCUGAGAGGCGCCAACAGUUUCUAACUAAGUUGCUGUUAUUACAAGAGUAAAAGCAGGUUUCAGAUAUAGAACACCCCAACUUAGGUCAGGUAUAGAGAGACUUCUGCUCUGCUAGGCAGGCCUACGCCCAGGCACAGCAGGAAGAAGUUACAGAAGAAAGAGACCUCCGCCCCAAUUCCCAAAAAGCAUCUUGAGUAUGAAGUCUCUCAAGGGAGAGUUGUUAGGGAAAACACACUGCCUGUCCGUCCAUCCACCUAAUGUUACUCAGAUCUCAAUAUUCGACUGCCCCCACAGAUGAUAUAGAAGACCCAUGAUUAGGCCUUCCACAGAAACAACAAGACAGGGGGGAAUGUGAGGCUGCGCCAUGACAGGCAGCCUAGAUUAGGAGUAGGCCUGGUUUUCCAGGGUAACAUGAUUAUCAGGCCACCUGGAGCCAGCCAAUCAAUAUACGCCCAGUAAGGAAAAGGGAACCUUUCAGGGGAAAGCUGAAAAGCCCGCGAAUGCCCAAGUUUGAAAAAAGCCUGGGAAGGUUUGAGCCAAUAAGAUUACUUUGCAAACAUGUAACCAAUCCGCUUAAGCCAGCUACCAACUGCUUAUGCACACCUUAUAAAUUGGGUAACAGCUCGGGCUCAGCGCUUUCUGACCCUGCACCACUGCGUUGGUUGCGGCAGUGAGCCCUGACUCGAGUCAGCAAUAAACUUCCCUUUUUUGUGAGUUGCAUUGUCUUGGAAGCCUUCUCUCUUCCCACUCGGGGAUUCGGACAUCGGGCAUAACAAACCUAGACAGCAUAUUAAGAAAAAGCAGAAACAUUACUUUGCCAAGAAAGGUCCAUCUCGUCAAGGCUAUGGUUUUUCCAGUGGUCAUGUAUGGAUGUGAGAGUUGGACUAUAAAGAAAGCUUAGAGCUGAAGAAUGGAUGCUUUGGAACUGUGGUGUUGGAGAAGACUCUCGAGAGUCUCUUGGACUGCAAGGAAAUCCAACCAGUCCAUCCUAAAGGAGAUCAGUCCGGGGUGUUCAUUGGAAGGACUGAUGCUGAAGCUGAAACUCUAAUACUUUGGCCACCUCAUGCGAAGAGUUUACUGAUUGGAAAAGACCCUGAUGCUGGGAGGGAUUGGGGGCAGGAGGAGAAGGGGACGACAGAGGAUGAGAUGGCUGGACGGCAUCACCAACUUGAUGGACAUGAGUUUGGGUAAACUCCAGGAGUUGGUGAUGGACGGGGAGGCCUGGCGUGCUGCGAUUCAUGGGGUUGCAAAGAGUCGGACACGACUGAGGGACUGAACUGAACUGAAUAUAUACCAGUAGCUUCUUUAGAUAAAGAUCAAGAGACUAGACUUUACAAGUUUACCAAGGAAGUAAGGAGCAAUAGAGGCCAUAAGGCCAAGAGGCAAUCCAUAACAAAAGAGGGUCGUAAAUAAUGGAAAACGUAAUGAAGGAAAUCCUGUGCAAGCAUCCCAUGUCUUUGAUCUCUGUCCUGGGAGAGGCUUGCCUACUCCUCUCGCCCCUGACAGGGACUGAUAAGGAACAGAGGACUCAAGAGAGAUAGGAAACAGCACACGGGAAUCUUACCAUUAAAUGCUUCCUGACAACUUCCCCUAUUUGUUAUAUUUGUAAAAAAGGCCCUGACCAAAUGAAUUUGGUUAGUUUUCACCAACCUUAUAGAAAGGGGAUGAUAAACAACAAAUACAAUUAUCAAGACAAUCACCAAAGUUACAGUUCCAGACCCGAUGUUGUGGGUAAUACUUUGAAAUCAUCCUCGGAGUCUAGCCCGGAUAAUUUCUUCAGCUAAAGUUUCCAAAUUAGUGGAAGAGAGCAGACGUUUAGAAAAAGUUUCAAAGAUUUCCUUUUGCAGUAAUUGUACAUUCAGAGAGGCAUUAUCAUGUAAAUGAAAUUUGAUUUGUUCCCAGUUAUAGGUACUAUAUUGGAGAAGGAAAUGGCAACCCACUCCAGUGUUCUUGCCUCGAGAAUCCCAGGGACGGGGGAGCCUGGUGGGCUGCCGUCUAUGGGGUCACACGGGGUCGGACACGACUGAAGUGACUUAGCAGUAGGUACUAUGAUUGAAAUGAACAGGAGUAACACAAAAUUGGCAGUUAAUACAAGUUACAGAACAUAAAGUCUUUUUAAAUUGUAAAUUUCUUAUGGCUAUAACAAAACGAAGUGGGACACAGGCCUGUAUAAAAUAUGACUGAUUAUAGCGAAAGAAAUAGUUACUAUGACCACAACUGGUCCCUGUGAAAUGUCUGGUCUAAGUCCCAAGUUCUUGGGUGCUGGCAGCAAGUUUCCGUAUGCCCCAUUGUUUAGGCCCACUCUGUUUAUUGAGGACGAUUCAAGGAGGGGGUGCCAUUACACCAUCAAGCCAGCCAAGAAGUCCUUUGUCAUGGUAACGUUUCAACGUAGUGUUAGUAACCUUUUACAUAAUGUUUUUUGUUCUUUCCUGAACGCUUUCCCUAAAGUUUCAGUAGUAAACAUGGUUCACAGACAGAGAAAGGGUAGCAAUGUCUGAAAGUCUUCUUUUGGAGACAGGACGAAAGCCGCCAAAGUUUAUGCAUAAUUUUCCUGGGCCCAGGAAAUGGAAGGAUUUCAUAGCCUAAAGAAAUGUUAGGACUUCAUAGCCUAAAGAAAUGUUAAUUAGUUUUCCCUCCAACACAGGAUGUGAGGAUUCCAGGGAGGGGGCAUAUGGGUGGAGUCAUUGGUUGAUAGGAUCAGUCUUUUCUCCUUCCAUUUUAUGACCUGUAAUAAAGGGGGGUUUGGUAAGUAAAACCAUUUAAGUAUGAUUUGUUAAUCCGGCUCAAGCGGGCAUCGCGCAGGUCAGCAUAGCGACAGGAAGGUUUUCAGGACUCUGAGGCAUUUCCUGUUGAAAAACCAGAUUUUUAACUUGAUUAAUAAGGGUUUUUAUUUGUCCCCAAGUGGGGAGAUCAUAGGGUUGAUGUCGCUAAGGGCGGCGCUUUCUGGAGAUCUUUAGAGCUGCCAUGGCCUGUAUUAGAAUUUCUUCCUCCUGGGGUUCUUGUUGUUUCAUCUCCAUUUUGAAUGUCAGGGGCCCCCUUGGGUCGAAUUUUCCGAGGAAAAAGUUUGUUGGAUCCAUCUGGGGAAAUACAAGCAUAUCCCUUUCCCUAUAAGAUUAAUUUCCCAAAUUUACAUUGUUUAUUGAACCCUUCGUGAUACCAAAUGGGCAGAGGAAGAGAAGUGUCCUUCAAUUCCUCGAAAUGUAUUUCUGUUCUUGUUAAAGUAUCUCCCUGUUGUAAGUUUUUUUAAAAAAUUUAAAACAAAUAAAGCUGUAUUAACACUAGUUAUAGGUUUAGAAAAUAUCUUAUGUUUGAAUCUAGUAAACUCUGCUUUAGAUAAGGAAGACAGUAGUGUACCUGUGUAUUCCCCCUUCUUUAAUUUUUUUAUUUGCAACUUUAGUGUGUGAUGUGCUUGUUUGACUAUGCCUUGUGCCUUUGGAUUAUAAGGAAUACCUGUAAUAUGUUUAACAGAAAAAGAUUGUAAAAAUUGUUUAAAGUGUCUAGAAAUAUAGGCAGGGCCAUUGUCUGUUUUAGUAGAACUAGGAGUUUAUGGUGGAGGUUUUUAUAUUUUUUAAUACAAAAACUGAAUAUAUAGAGUCAGAGACUAUAUUAAUGGGGUAAGGAUGUAGACAAAUGUUAGGUAGUUAGAAUAGGGAAAAAGAGUCCAAAAUGGCGGUUGCUAAAAGACCUGGAAGGGAAAGCCCGUGAAAAUAGAAGAAAGGAAAGUCAGAGGACCGGAGUGAGAACCUCAGGUAAAACAAACAACGCUCCUGCCUAAGCCCAAUUUACAUAAGACAGGCCCAGGGACAGAGAAACAUAUAAAAAGAGGAGCCAAAGCCCUCUUCUCUCCUUUUGCUCCCUCUCUCUCCCCCACGUGAUGGGGCUAUCUUCUCUUUGCAUCUUUGGAUCGACGUGCCCUCAUGCCUCGAAGAUGGAUUUUCCUGCUAUUAUCUAAAUAAAUAGAGCUGUAACACUGACCUGUAACACUGAUUUAUUUAAGAGCUAUAAAACGGUCUGUUCGAGACCUGAGAGCUAUAACACGGUCUGUCCUCCGAGAGCUGUGACCGGCCAAGGGGCUUUAAUGUCUGUCACUCCAAAUUUUUGUUGUGACAAGACAAAGAACCGAGGAGCAUACACUCGCGUGACACAAAUAACUUGAAUAAUAGCAUAUAAUUCAUUUUGUUGAGCAGAAGGAAAUUUAGUAUAAAAGAUUUCAUAUUUUUUAAGAGACCAGAAUGAAGCUUUGGUGUUUUUAGUCCCAUCUAUAUACAAGAAAUGCGAGAAAUAAUAAAUUCAGUGUUUUUGAAGAAAUUUCACAGCUUACCAAAAGGAUAAUGAAAUGAAAUUUCUCCAAAAUAUUUUAGAAAAGCUAAUUGGAAAUCAGUAGAAGUUUGUAAUGUGUUCUCAAAUUGAGAUUUAUUUGUAAUAAAGUUUUUUUAAAGUAUAAAGGAGAUAGAGAAAACUUCUGACAUAGGCAUCAGAAGGGGGCAGAAAGAGUGCCCCCCUGCUAGUCUUAGGCCAGGUGUCAUAUAACUACUAGCAGUCUGCUAAUUAGAGAAAGGAAAUGUCUCAAAACUGCAGAGAAUAGCACCAGGCCCCUCACCCACAACAUGCAUCUUGAGAUAACCUUGGCACCAGGUGAGUUGUCCCGGCCACAAAAUUAUUGACAUGAAUCUUGAAGAAGGAAGUUUUCCAAGCAAAUACAGUUUCAUUAACAUAGCUUCAGAGAACAUUUGCAUGAGUAAAACAAACCGGUUUGUCAAGUUGGUUCUGAAUCUUAGGCAGAACUGACUUGAAAAAAGAGUCUAGGGUAAAUAUAUAGCACAUUAACAUAGCUUAAGAUAAACAUUUCCAUAAGAAAAAUGCAUUGUUUACCUCAAGGUUUGAGAAAAGUUAGGUUCAGGUGGAACCAGCUGUCGUUAUGGCAGGUUUUUAGGAGAAUUUUAAGAGAAACCUCCUUUUAAAUUUGUAUAGAGAAGGGAAAAAAAAGAAAUAUUGCUAGUUUGUUUCCUCCUGCUGCUUAAGAGAGAGAAAAAUGUCUGGCACUUGCAGGCUAUUUUCUGCAUUUGGAGACCCCUGGCCUUCAUGCCUGUUAAGUCAAACUAGAUCGGCCAAAUAAAAGACCGAAGGUUGGUGGGUGCAGGGGCCCAAAAAGUCCAGUAGGUAUUUUAGAGGGGACUGCUUGAGGGUAAAGGAGUUUAGGGCUGGUAUAUUGACUGCAGCACUGCCAGAUGUUGAGGGUUUGAGGGAAAAGGUGGAAUUUGCCCUGGUUUUUGUUGAAGGGGACCUGGGUGGUCUCCUGCUUGGAGUUUCCUGGAAUAGGUUUUCCUUCAAUAUCAAAUUUAGAUUUACACUCUUUGGCCCAAUGCAUUUCUCUGCGGCAGCGAGGGCAGAUUUUUGGAGGUUUGUUAUUAGCUUUCUUAGGACAGUCCCUUUUUAAAUGGUUUUUAUCUCCACAUGUAAAACAUCCUUCAUUUCCCUUUUUAAAGCAAGCAGCCAUUGUCUCAGGUAGCAUUUGCAUUUUUUGAGUUUCUGAUCUUAUAUGGUGACAAGCCUUCAAAUAAUCAAAAAUAGUCCCUGUCUCACGAAUUGGGGCUACAGCCUUUUGACAUUCCUGAUUUGUAUUAUCAUAAACAAGUAAUUCUUUUUAAGUUGUCUUAUAGCUUUUUUUUUUUUUUUUUUUUUUUUUGGAUUACAGUAUGGGCUUAAGGGAGUCGUUGCCAGAAUCAUUAGGUUCUAUUGUGAGGCUGCCAGGGCUAACACCAUGACAGGCGGCCCGGACCUAAGUUAGAUUUCCCCUGAAAUGGUAAGAUUCCCUACCCCCAUCAGGCCACCUGGAGCCAGCCCAGGUGAAAAAGGGAACCUAUCAGGGGAAAGCUGAAAAGCCCGCGAACGCCCAAGUUUGAAAAAAGCCCGCGAAGGUUUGAGCCAAUAAGAUUACUUUGCAAACAUGUAACCAGUCUGCUUAAGCCAGCUACCAACUGCUUAUGCUCACCCUAUAAAUUUGUGUAACAGCUUGGGCUCAGCGCUUUCUGACCCUGCACCACUGCGUUGGUUGCAGCAGUAAGCCCUAACUCAAGUCAGCAAUAAACUUUCCUUUUUUUGCGAGUUGCAUUGUCUUGGAAGCCUUCUCUCUUCCCGCUCGGGGAUUCGGACAUCAGGCAUAACACUAUCAAGGAAGAGACUUUGGGAUUUGUGCCUGCUGGCAGGGGAGCAGUGCUUGGAGAAACCAGGGCAGGGUUAGUAGGAAAAUUCUGAAAUAUCUUAUGUUGUUCUAAUUGGGCCUUUUGUAAGGUAUCAUCGUCUAAUUCAUAUUCACAUAAUAAGUGUUCUGCCUGUUGCCGAAUAUCAGGAGGGCUAGAAUGAUCUUGUAAUGGCAGACUCACGGCUUCAAGGAGAGCCCAUAGGGGCCAGAAAUCUAUUGGAAUAUUUUUUCCCUGUCUGACGGCUUCCCUGGGUUACGCAGCUGGCUUUCACGCUCCAGGGAAUCAGCCAGAAAUAGAGAGAGAGAGAAAGAAAGAAAGAAAGAACCGGGGACCCAAGCUCUGAUGGAGCAAAGGUGUUUUAUUGAAUUCUGUAAGGGUAUAUAUACCAGUAGCUUCUUUAGAUAAAGACCAGACUUUACAAGUUUACCAAGGAAGCAAGGAGCAAUAGAGGCCAUAAGGCCAAGAGGCGAUCCAUAACAAAAGAGGGUCAUAAAUAACCCCUUUCACCAAAUGGAAAAGCUAAUGAAGGAAAUGCUAUGCAAGCAUCCUAUGUCUUUGAUCUCCGUCCUGGGAGAGACUUGCCUGCUCUCGCCCCUGACAGGGACUGAUAAGGAACUGAGGGCUCAAGAGAGAUAGGAAACAGCACACAAGAAUCUUACUGUUAAAAGCUUCCUGACAUCUGAGGACCUGAGUGAGAACCUCAGGUGAAACAAACAGCCCUCCUGGCUAGCCUAAUUUGCAUAGGGCAGGCUCAGGGGGAGGUGAAAAAACAUAAAGAGGAACCAAAAUUGAGCCCUUCUCUUCUUUUGGGUCAGCCUACCCUCAGGCCUCAUGGAUGUAUUUUCCUUUGCUUGCCAAAUAAAACUGAGCUGUAAUUAAGCCAUAACACUGGUCUGCCAUUUCAAUCCUUUGCUGCAGUGAGACAGAACCAAGAAAUUACACACUCCCCUGAUAAAAACCAGAGUGACUUAUAAUUACAUGAUUAUUCAACUUAAUUAAAGACAUUCUAAAAUAGUACAUUUAACAAAAGUGGGUUUAUUUCCAUGUAAUGCUUAUUACAUUUUUCUCGCCUCAGUUUUAUUUAAAGCCAGGUCAAUAUCUUACUCUAAAUGACUUUAUUAGUAAUAUAUGCUCUUUAGAUAUAAAGUCCUUCUGGGAAACAAGCAACAUUCAAUUAUCAAUUGGGAAUGCACUUCAAGAAAAGUUUUGAAAUUUGUUAAAAAUAAACUUCAACCCCAUGACCCCAUACCAGGGUGGGGUGGGAGAGGGAAAAUGUACACAAAAUCACAAAGACAUUACAGUCAAACACCUUAGAGCUAAUAUCCAUUUCACUUUAAAAUAGCAUUGCAUAUGACUUCAGGAAGAAUUUCAUAAUAUUUGAAGAUCAAAAGGAAAGAGUCAAAGGCUGACAGGAAUGUGGAACACAUUAAAUUAGCUAACAGUAUAGCUCUCAUUCAUUAUUUCCACUUCUAGCUAUAGGGGGUAAUCAAAUACAAGUAAACUUACAGUUAAAAAGCCUUUGUAAAAAUUCAAAUUGUAACAGAAAAUAAAUUUAAGGGCUUGUUACUUCUAAGGGAAUUCAUUAUGUAAUAUUUGUUAGAUAGACAUCUCUGUAGUACAUUUUAAAUAUGAUUCAACAUUAAGGUAAAUGCAUAUUCCAAUAAUUCUUUGCUUAAAGCCAACUCAUUUGGGGUUCUAUCAUCAGAACUUAUGGCACAUUCUCAUGAGUACAGUUUUUGUGGCAAAUUUAAUCCUUUGAGAAUUUUUUUGGGGGGGAGGAAUAGGCAAAAGUCUAGCUGCAUGGCUGCUCUGUGAAAAUUGAUUAAAUAUGGUAAUCAAAGAAG